AUGCCGACAUCUGAACAGUUCCCGCUGGGUUCAGCCAACAACUCUUUGGUGACGGAGGUAAACGAGGCCCGGGCCUUUGAAGAAAACUCAAGCUUGUUCAUCCUCGCGCUGGACGGAAGCAACGGCGAAGGCGUUGCCGCCGGGGUAGGGGACUUCCUCGACGGGGCUGCCAGCGGCGUGGCAGGGGGCGCGGGUGGACAGGCGCCGGACGGCAUGCAGGCGCCAGGAUCAGAGAGCGGGGAGGACUUCAACAGCGGGUGCCUCAACGGCGACGACGCCUCUGAGAUGUCCGAUAGCGACGGCGACGGCCAGUGGAUGCCCGGCACCAAGGGAGGGGCGCCGCCCUCUCGCCUGCCCAGGCAGAUGCCAUACAGUCUCUCGAGUGCGACCCGGAGUGGUUGUUUCUGCGUCUGUAUUGACGACAGGAAGGUCACCCCGGCGGCGAUGCAGGAGGCCCGCCGCCUGUUGGAGAACCCCCGCGAGUUGCACGGUCUCCGGAACGAGGCUCUGGACCACCCCCGAGUCUACCGGGGCACCAGAUCGACGGAGGACCUCGACCGCCACCAGCUCCGCAACCUGGUGGGCACCGCCACCCUACCCGACAACGGCCUGGUCAAAAUCCUCGGGUUCUUCCUCGGCGACCUGCGGGCGCUAGAGAGCGCGUGUGCCGAGGCGGAGCUGCAGGGGCCGGUGGAGUUGAGCAAAUUCGUCGGCGACCGGGGUGUCCAUGCGCCGGUAGUUCACGACCUCCCGGCGUUCGCCGGCGACCCGGCUGCCUGGACAGCUCCGAUCCUCUUGGAAGCAGGAGAUGUGCCUUCAGUAUCAGAGGCGCGCGUUCUUACCACAAUGAACCCAUCACCACCACCACAACAGUGGGAAGGUGUCCCAAGCGGUCAGCAACGUCUCGUUCUUCGAAGGUGGGCCGGCCGGGCACGAUAA